AUGGGGAGUUGGGGUCUGUGUCUGUACAUGUCAAUCUCCCUCGUGUCCUGGUCCUUCCUCCUCCUCUGCUGCCUGUCCAGUCCUACCCCUAACCCCCUGUCCAUUGCUGACCUGGAGGACUUGAAUGCCGUCCCAGCAGAGGUCAUCAUACACAGCUCUCCAUGCAGCACCACCUGUGGUCUGGGCCUACGCACCCAGGAGCUGUGCCCACUGAGAGAGGGCCAGGUCGGGGAGGAGAAGGACUGCCAUGUCCGGAAGGUCCGCUGUGUGGACUCCUGGCAGUGUGGUCUGCAGACUGUCACUGUGCAAGCUGGUCAGCGGUUGGAGCUGGACUGUCUGGGUGAGGUGAUGGAGGCCAUGGGUCGCUUCUCCUUCCGGGUAUCGUGGCGCCACGCUCGGGGGGUGGUGACCACCGACGACUCUCUGAUGGGACGCUGGGACGCCCCCAGGUUAGACCGGCUGGUCCUGGACCCGGUGAGGGAGGAGGAUGCUGGGACAUACCGCUGUGAUGUACAGGACACUGAUUACCGCAGGGUCAAGAGACUCUACCUGGGGCUCAAGGUGCUCCCUCCUGAGUCUCUAAGACUGGACUUCCCCUCUGCUCUGGCUCGGUGGGACGAUGGGGAUGAGGAUUCCCAUGGUAACAUCAUCGUGGUGAAAGAUGACGAGGACCUGUACAGCAGCACAGUCAUCAAGGAUAUCGUGUUGAAAAGCCUCUGGGUCGCGGUGGCCGUCUUCUUCUUUGCUUUGGACAAAGGAUGUCCACAGGGCUGCCAGCUCCAAAGUUCACACAAAAAAGGCAACAGUUCUGAACUGGGUUUGAUUUAAUUUUUGGUUUAUUAAUUAUUAAAAUGUUGUUAAUUAUCUUCUAAACUUCCAUUGGUUGAAAUCUAUUGUUCAGUUAUCACUUGGCUCAUGUAAAUAAUGAUGUAAUUGCCACUUUAAACAUCUUAUCAACAUCCCCAUAGUGUUCACAUUUCUCUCAUGUAAAUGUUGUAGUUACAUUAAAAGAUUUAAUAAACAAUUUAUUUAUCCAGUCUUUGCUCUUUUCUUCUGAUUUCAAGUUGUAUUUUUUUAAUCUGUUAAGUAAUUGAAUACAUGUUUAGUAUAUUAACGACAUUCAGUAUGUUUCAUUUUUUUUAUGAGAAGUAAGUUCGUUUCAAGUUAUUGUGAAUUUGUUUAUGUAAAUGAAACAUUCCAAUGAUGUUAACACUCAGUAUUAACACUCAGUAUCUAAUAUGCAUAUUCAUAUUGAGUUUGCAGCAAAUUUCCAGCAACAAUAGAAUUGUUUGCCACAAGUUCAAAUUUACCUCAACAGUUUGCCACAAAAUACAUUUGCAAGUGAAAAUGUGCAUUAUUUCUCUCCUCUUUUUUUUUACAUUGUUGUGAAGGGCCCAUAACUAAUCAUUUAAAUAAUAAUCGUACUGUACCAGUUGUUCAUGAAGCAUGUGACAAAUGAAAUAGCAUUUGAUUUUAUCAAAGUGAUUGAUAUGCAUCAAUGGAUUCACAUUUAAUU